GCUGAGGAAGUGGCCGCGGCUACGAGAGAAAACGAGGAAGCGGCGGUACAACCGGCUGCGAGGGUCCAGCUUUAUCUCAACCUGGCCCGGCUCCGCGGAGCAGCCCGCCUGAGGGCUGCCUCCCAGCCGGCUCUCACUCUCCUGGUGGCAGCGACAGGAGGCGGGAGGAGGCGGCGAUCCUUGGGGAAAGAUAUAGAAGACUAAGUUUGCUUCUUGGAGAAAAAACCAAACAACACAACAAAACAUGGCUGCCAAUACAGCGAACCCUGCUAACCAUUUGCCUUACUUCUUUGGCAAUAUUACACGUGAAGAAGCUGAAGAGUAUCUGAUGCAAGGGGGAGUGAGCGAUGGACUAUACUUGCUCCGCCAAAGCCGGAAUUACCUGGGGGGCUUUGCCUUAUCCUUGGCUCAUGGACGAAAGGUUCACCACUAUACAAUUGAGAGGGAGCUGAGUGGUUCCUAUGCUAUUGCAGGAGGCAAGUCCCAUGCCAGUCCUGCUGAACUCAUUCACUAUCACUCAGAGGAAGCUGAUGGCCUUAUCUGCCUACUGAGAAAGCCUUUCAACCGGCCACCAGGUGUUGAACCCAAAACAGGACCUUUUGAAGAUUUAAAAGAGAACCUCAUAAGAGAGUAUGUCAAACAAACUUGGAAUUUGCAGGGGCAUGCUCUUGAACAAGCUAUCAUUAGUCAAAAGCCUCAGCUGGAGAAGUUAAUUGCCACUACAGCCCAUGAGAAGAUGCCAUGGUUCCAUGGGAGGAUCUCUCGGGAAGAUUCAGAACACCGUAUCCUCAUUGGGUCAAGAAACAAUGGAAAAUUUCUUAUCCGAGAAAGGGACAGUAAUGGUUCCUAUGCCUUGUGUCUGCUGAAUGAUGGAAAAGUAUUGCAUUACCGAAUUGACAGAGAUAAGACAGGAAAACUCUCCAUACCAGAUGGAAAAAGAUUUGACACACUCUGGCAGUUAGUUGAGCAUUAUUCAUACAAACCAGAUGGAUUAUUAAGGGUUCUUACCAUUCCCUGUCCAAAGCUUGGCUCAGAAAAUGAUAAUAUUGUUUUUAACACUCGUCCUCCUCUUCCUGGUACCCCUUCAAAGACUUUGGCAGGAGGUGGAAUUAUCUCAAGACUCAAAUCGUACACCUUUCCAAAGGCUGGCAGCAAAAAGCUUCAGUCAACUAUUGGUCACCCACCUGAUGAAGCACCUUUUAAUCCUUAUGUGCUGCAAAGGAAAAGAGGUCAGACAGGAGUAGAAAAAGGUGACCAGAGAGAGGCCUUACCCAUGGAUACUGAGGUGUAUGAAAGUCCAUAUGCUGAUCCAGAUGAAAUGAAACCAAAAAAUGUCACUCUUGACAGGAAAUUGUUAACUUUGGAGGAAGGAGAACUCGGCUCUGGCAACUUUGGUACUGUGAAGAAAGGGUUCUAUAAGAUGAAAAAAGGUGCCAAACCAGUAGCUGUAAAAAUUCUUAAGAAUGAGAGUAAUGAUCCAGCCAUAAAGGAUGAAUUACUGCGAGAAGCAAAUGUAAUGCAGCAACUGGAUAACCCAUAUAUUGUUCGAAUGAUAGGCAUAUGUGAAGCUGAGGCCUGGAUGUUGGUAAUGGAAAUGGCUGAACUUGGGCCACUGAACAGAUUUUUGCAAAAAAAUAGGCAUGUCACUGAGAAGAAUAUAACAGAGCUGGUACAUCAGGUUUCCAUGGGGAUGAAAUACCUUGAGGAGAAUAACUUUGUUCAUAGGGAUCUGGCUGCAAGGAAUGUGCUAUUAGUCACCCAACAUUAUGCCAAAAUUAGUGACUUCGGACUUUCUAAAGCUCUUAGUGCUGAUGAAAAUUAUUAUAAGGCACAAAGUCAUGGAAAAUGGCCAGUUAAGUGGUAUGCUCCAGAAUGCAUGAAUUUCUACAAGUUUUCUAGCAAAAGUGAUGUCUGGAGCUUUGGGGUUUUAAUGUGGGAAGCUUUCUCUUAUGGGCAAAAACCAUAUAAGGGAAUGAAAGGUGGUGAAGUUGCCCAGAUGAUUGAAAGAGGAGAACGAAUGGAACGUCCUGAAGCCUGCCCAACAGAAGUCUAUGAUCUAAUGAAAUUGUGUUGGACAUACAACAUUGAUGACCGACCAGGAUUUGGUGCUGUUGAGCUGAGAUUACGAAACUACUACUAUGACAUUUCCCACUAACAACAUGAAGAACAGCAACUUCCAGCCAGCACCCUCUGAGAAGCAGCUCAGUUUACAAAACCAAAUGACUUACUCUUAUGCUUAGUUUUUCCAGUCUCAUUUUAAAUAUGUCAAAAUUUCUAUUACCUAUUCCUCACAAGCAGCUAUUUACUGGCAUUUACAUAUAUCUCAGGAGUUAAAUUGUUUUUAUUAGGUAUAGAGAUUUUAGAAGAAUGUAAAAAAUAAGAUAGAGUUAGAUAUAUUUAUUAGAUAUCGCUGGUUAGAACAUACAUGUUUCUUAGAAGUUGUUCUUAGAAGUUAUUCUUAGAGAUGCACUGAUACUUUUUUUCUUGCAAAGAAACCAUGGCCAAUUAGAGUGAGAAAGUGUGAAGGAGAUUACUAAUU